UUAUAAUUCAAACCAAUCUAAUUUUAUAUAAGUUUGAUUUGGUUUUUAAUUGAAUUACCUCAAUUUGAGUCAAAUCAAUCGGAUUGAAUUGAAUAUGAAAACCCCUAAUUAAAGCAUGGAUCUUAAUCAGUGCAGGGCUAAAUGCUUAGAGAGUUGUUCUUAUAUGGCCUAUUCAACCUUGGAUAUUAAAGAAGCCAGUGGAUGUGGAAUCUGGUAUGAUGAUCUAUUUGAUCUUAAGCAGGUCCAGUCCAUCGGACAUGAUUUAUACAUUCGAAUGUCUGCUGUUGAUUUAGGAAGAGAAAAUGGUCAGAGUAGUGAAAGGCAAAAUGAAGAUAUGGAGCUCCCAUCAUUUGAGUUAGCUGUAAUAUCCAAGGCCACCAAUGAUUUCUCUUCCCAUAGCGAGCUAGGAGAAGGUGGUUUUGGGUCUGUAUACAAGCUAAAUGUUCAGAGCUCUUGUGAAAAUGAGGGCUCUCAAGAAGCUCCGGACAAGGAUCAGUUGAGUCCAAGAAUGAAGCAGCACUAUAGCCAAACUUCAACAUCGGAAUCUUGCAACCCUUCAAGUGGUUAUAUGGCAUUGGAACAUGCCAUCGAUAGGCAAUUCUCUGUAAAAUCUGAUGUUUUCAGCUUCGAAAUAUUAUUGUUGGAAUUAAUAAGUGGAAUGAAGAAUAGGGAGUUUUACCAUCUCAACCACAGUGUUAACCUUAUUGGCUAUGCAUGGAGAUUGUGGAAAGAGGGAAAUCCUUCAAAACUAAUUGAUUCAUUUGUAUUGGAGACUUGCAAUCUAUCUGAAGUAUUAAGGUGCAUCCACAUUAGUAUCUUAUGUGUUCAACAACACCCUGAGAAUAGGCCAAAUAUGUCAUUUGUGGUUUUCAUGCUGGGUAGUGAGACUGCGUUGGGGCAACCGAAAGAACCUGGUUUCCUUGUUGACAAGAAAUCACUUGAAACAAAUUCUUCAUCCAUCAAACUUGAAUCAUCUUCAACUAAUGAACUUAGUCUGUCAGUAUUGGAGGCUUGAUAAAGGCUUAUUAUUUGAAUUCUACAUGCUUUGUGGCGCUGAUAAUAUUAACUGAAUAAUGUGUACAAAUGCAU